AUGUCCACCAGAAACGCUUCACAUCCGAACAACACUACGGUGGAAGCACACAACGAAGACUGCGUUCAAAUCAACAAAGAGAGGCGGAGCUUCAAUCUCAAACUGCCAAAGGCAGACAAAGCCUUCUUCUCCGCUUACAUCAAUCACAUUACAAGAUGGGCAAAGGAUUUUAGUAGAGAGAGUAAAGAAAUCACGCUCUACAACAAAACAGGUGAUGCUGUCUACGGGUAUGGAUGGACCGGCAUUCCGUUUAAGCAUUCUUCCACAUUGGACAAAAUCGCUCUUGAUCCUCCUCUCAAAUGCAAGAUUCUGAUGGAUCUCGCUCUUGAUCCUCCUCUCAAAUGCAAGAUUCUGAUUGAUCUCGACCCCUUUAAGAGAGGAAAGGUUACGAGUCUUUCUAACGACAAUGAACAGGAGAAGAGAAGCAACAAAGUUACUCUGUCUGGUUUUCUCAAUUUCACAGAUGGCUUGUGGUUCUGCUGCGGAGAUGAGCGUAUUAUUGUGUUUACGACCAACCACAAGGAUAUGCUUGAUCCAGCCCUGCUCAGGUGUGGGAGGAUGGACAUGCACAUUCUGCUCUCUUUCUGCACUUUUCCUGCAUUUAAAUCUCUUGCUUUUAAUUAUUUGGAGAUAGAGGAUCACCCACUCUUUUCCGUCAUGGAACAGAAGAUGGCAUGCGGGGCUGAGAUGACUCCUGCAAAUUUUAUAGAAGUUCUGAUGAAUAAAAUGGCCGACCCAGAUGAAGCUUCACAUGAUUUGAUUUUUGCGCUGGGUGGAAAGAAAAGAGUAAGGAAUGCUCUGCGGAGACUACGUAGAAUAUAA